UGUUGCCGCACAAUGGACUUCUUGAUGAGUGGUCUGGCAGCCUGCGGGGCCUGUGUGUUCACCAAUCCCCUGGAGGUGGUGAAGACCAGGAUGCAGUUGCAGGGAGAACUGCGGGCCCCCGGCACCUACCAGCGGCACUACCGAAACGUCUUCCACGCCUUCAUCACCAUCGGCAAGGUGGAUGGCCUGGCUGCUCUGCAGAAGGGCCUGGCCCCUGCCCUCUUAUACCAGUUCCUGAUGAAUGGCAUCCGACUGGGCACCUAUGGGCUGGCUGAGGCUGGGGGCUACCUGCACACGGCCGAAGGCACCCUCAGUCCUGUCCGCAGCGCAGCAUCUGGGGCCCUGGCUGGAAUGAUGGGAGCCUACUUGGGGAGCCCCAUCUAUAUGGUGAAGACACACCUACAGGCACAGGCAGCCUCAGAAAUUGCCGUAGGACACCAGUAUAAGCAUCAGGGCAUGUUUCAGGCACUAACCGAGAUUGGCCAGAAACAUGGUCUGGUGGGGCUGUGGCGUGGGGCCAUGGGUUGCCUGCCCCGAGUUAUCGUCGGUUCCUCUACCCAGCUGUGCACCUUCUCAUCCACCAAGGACCUCAUAAGCCAGUGGGAGAUCUUUCCUCCCCAGAGCUGGAAGGUAGCUCUGGUAGCUGCUAUGGUGAGUGGCAUUGCAGUGGUCCUGGCCAUGACACCCUUUGAUGUGGCCAGCACGAGGCUCUACAACCAGCCCACAGAUGCUCAGGGCAAGGGCCUCGUGUACCGGGGAAUACUGGAUGCUCUGCUGCAGACGGCUCGAACAGAGGGCAUUUUUGGCAUGUACAAGGGUAUAGGUGCCUCCUACUUCCGUCUUGGCCCCCACACUGUCCUCUCCCUCUUCUUCUGGGACCAGCUGCGCUCCCUCUACUACACCUACACUAAAUAACAGUCACUUUCCCACACCACCAAAUCGGCACUCCUUGAACAAUUCUUCCUCCACUACUAUGUCCUGGUAACUACUAACCAGGUGGCCUUUCAUCCAUCCAAGGGGGACAGCCAACCUCCCUCCCCAUCUGUUCUCUCAGGGUUGAAUCACUACAAGGGAUAGUUUCCCUCCCUUCCUUGGGUGUUGCUUCGAAACUUCCCUACCCAUCUCCCUGCACACUUCACACGCCCCUCUCAGGGCUGAACCAGUCACUCCAAAGUGUAUUUCCUCCCUCUCUCCACUUCCAACCUUGGGUCCCUCCUGCUCCCAUGCACAGCUUUAAACUCUCCCCUCCAAGACCAAAGGGAAUUGGGGGGACUGUUAGAUCCAAAGGCACAGAGAUUAUAUUGAUUAUA